CUCUUGCGAGUUGGUGAAAGUUGCAAAUGCGUAGGGCGUAGAGAAGGACACUCCUCUGGCUGCUCAUCAAGAUCGGAAUCCAUCUAACAUCACUGUUAAAUUUUCAUAGUGAAUUUAAGAAGAUACACUGCUUCUUUUAGCACAGAUAGAUACAGAAGAAGUUUACGGAUUCACUUACACUUGCACUCAUCCCGGAUAUCGCGCUUUCUCUGCCGGCCAAGGCUUUUCAGGUACGCAGAAACUACCACUGCACUUCGAAGCGGUAAAACUUCAGCGGACGACUCCCCUUAAUCAAAAGUCACCAUGUUGAUUCUCCUGGCAGGAAUCUUCCUCCUUCAUAUUGCCACUAUUGUCUUGCUUCUUGUGGCAACCAUCGACAACUCAUGGUGGGUGACACAGCAGAUGACCACAGACCUGUGGGGGACAUGGGUGAACCAAAAUGGAAACUGGAACCUCACUAGCGUUGUUACGAACUCACAAGAGUACCUCCAGGCAGUGCAGGCUACUUCAGUGCUGGCCUGCAUAUUUGCCAUCCUCGGUCUAUUCGUGUUUAUUGCUCAGCUCUUCACCCUGCAAAAGGGACAAAGGUUCAUCUUCUCUGGCGUCUUCCAGUUCCUCGCCUGCUUGUGCAUAAUGAUCGCUGCCUCCAUCUACACGGACAUCUUCCACAAGAAUGACCCGGGCCAGUAUGGAUACUGCUUCAUUCUUGCCUGGAUCGCCUUCAGUCUAACCUUAAUCUCCAGCAUCAUUUAUUUUGUGCUUCGUAAAAAGGUGAAAUAAGGGAGAAGUCUUUGACAGAAUCCAUCAAUUUUUUAUGUAGUAUUUGUGAUGGGGGGGGGGUAGGACUACUUUGAGAUUUAACCAUGCUCAUUAUGGUUUAUAAAGUUUUACCAGUUGACAAAUCUACAACUGAUUUAAAAAACUAUAAACGAUUAGUAUAAAGUAAAACGAGGGCUAUAGGGACACUUAAAGGAAGUAAGUGGAAUAUUUAGUAUUUGUAAGCAUUGUAUAAACAUCUUGUAAUUUCCACAGUUUCAGGAAAAUUCUCUUCUGAGUUAUGUACUGCAGGGUGUCGAAUUCUGCAAUGCUGUGGUUGACAUGAGCGCAGAAUCCAGACAAUGUCCGGACAGACAGGUGGACAGAUAGACACAACAAUAAAUAAAUCAGUCAGUAUGCUGAGGUUAAAUGUGUCAAUAUAAAAAUUUUUUACUCUUGUGUCUAAAGACAGCUACUAGAGUUUUACUAUUCCACAGUAAUUGUUAUUCAGUUACUUCUGUGGGUCAUGUUUUAAUUUCUAAUGAGAGAUUUUUUAAAGGCAUAAAUCUGUAACAACAUUACAAUUCAUUAACAGUUUAACGUAUUGGAUUCAUCUUAUUCUCCGCUAUACGUUGUUGCAGAAACAUGUAUUAAAUACACGAACAUAUCUCAAAAUAAGACAUAUGAGAAUAAUAUUCAUUUCAUUAAUAGGCUUGCGUCUCCUGUAGUUACUGUUAUUAACUGUACGUCUAGAACGUAUUGUCGCUUCAUAAACAAAUCAUUUCAUGUUGAAGAAAUAAAGUAAACGCUGCAUGAGGAUGACAGAUUGGUUGCAACUAACAGCAUUAUGUUCAGACUAUGCCUUUGACAAAACGCUGUCCCGUGAAGCCUUUGUGUGUGUUGCCUGAUUGAGGAGUUUUACCGGACACAAUUCCGCAGAAUGCGUCACGCAGCGGGUUCCGGAACGAGUAGGUUCUCUGAUUGCGCGUCAGUCGCACACUGUUCACAUCUGUUUUCAGGCAUCACUUUAUGUCUUUGUAUGACUAUUUUUUUCCUGGCUUUGCGAGCGCCGGGUGCGAUUGCGCAGGACUGCGGUACAAACCAACGCAAACAAAUGACGCUGAACGGUGAUCAGUUCCUGUGGGACCGAGUGCGGCGCCGUACCAUCAUGCCAAGCGAAGGGGGUGGGGGCGGUCCGGCCAUCUACAGAGCAGACUUUGGUGAUUCCUUGACUAUAGCCAACCGGUGGCGUACGUUUGAGGAAAAACUUUGAGGACUUAUACUUUGACUUUAUUGUGUCAUAAAAUAAAGUCUUUAUUAAUUUUUUUUAAUAAAGUGACUAAACAUA